AUGGAGUUAACCAAAACUCAGAAAAGGAGGGUCCAAAGGCAGUACUGCAUGUUCCUCAAUAACAAAAGGGAUGCACGGGUACUUCCAGGGACCGAUUCUGCCAAAAAAGGGAAAAGGCCGGAACCACAGAAGCUGUUGAGAGCAGAAUCUCCAGGCAAGCCUUUUAUCCAUCAUGCCUCAUCCUCAGACAAUCUACUUAAACCACCACAAGGAAAAUCCGAAGCUAUUCCUGCAGAAGGACAAGAAGACUGGAUUGAGGAAGAUGAAGAUGAACAGCUAGAUUAUGAACCAUCUGCAGAUGACCAGAAUGCACUCCUCGAAGCAAGAGAACAAGGAGACUGGACAAAAGAAUAUGGGGAAGAACAGAUGGAGUAUGAUGGAGAAAGAGAUGCAAAAACUGAAGCUUUUGGCGCCGAAUUGGAGGACUUGUUGCAGGGUGAUUUAGGCAUCAACAUGGUGUUCAUUCUGCCAGAAAAAUUCAGAGCAGUGGAAGGACAAGAAAGCACUUUGGAGGGAGAUGUGUUAUCCUAG